AUGCCAGACACAAAAGACACUCUAGGCCUCAAGGAAAUAAUUUCCAGCACGCCAGAAAAUAAGAAAUGCAUAGACUGCGGGAUGGCCAGGCCCCAGUGGGCCUCUACAACCUACGGCGUGUUUCUCUGUCUGAACUGCGCAGGAAGCCAUCGUUCGUACGGCGUGAAAGUGAGCAUGGUGAAAAGCAUGAGCAUGGACGUGUGGAGCUCGGCGGAGAAGAAAAAGAUGGAGGUUGGGGGAAACGCCCGUUUUUUAGAGCACAUUAGGAAGCACGGGCUCGAAAGCCUGCCCAAAGGCGAGCUGUACGGAAACAGCGCGGUGCAAGAGUACGGAAAGGCUCUCAAAGAAAAAGUCGACGCAAUAUUCCCGGAGAGCAGGGCCGCAAAGAGCUCGCACGCGCCCAGAGAGAGGAGAAAGGUGCAUAGCACGCCGUCGCCCCUGGAAGUGGACGUUAAAAAAGCAACAGAAAAAGAGACUUUUGACACAGGCAGCUAUGUAAACAUGUACAACCAAGCUGCGUCUUCUGUGAGGCCCACGCUGGAAAGCAUCCAAUCAGGACUAACAGAGGCCUUUGGAAAGGCAGCCGGAUACUUCUACUCUGCCUCUAGCACGAUUUCAGAGCAGAUUUCCGAAAAAGUGCUGGCUCCUGCGUCUGCAGCUAUCAAAGAGCGAGGGCUCCAGCUGUCCGAGUAUGUGAAGGGGAAAGACACCAACCGGCGAGCAGCCUCAAAGGGCGCAGAAAAGGAAGCUAGGCAGAAAAAGCCCGCUGACGCCCCGCUAGCCGGGAAGCCAAAGGCUUCUUUUGACAAAUGGGAUUAG